AUGUUUAUAAUCUUAUUCAUAAUCAAUGUUAUUGCCAUUGAUCCGGAUAUACACUUCACAAAAGAAUAAGAAAUUUCCAUAUACCCAACUAUAGGAGAAAAAUAUGAAUUUUAUUUGAGCUACCUUAAAGAACCAUAAUUUACCCGUAAACUACGCCCUUAAAUUCAAAAUGUAAAAUUAAUGAAUUAAUGCGAAGAAAUAUAUAGAGAAAAAUGGAAUUGUAAAAUAUUAAGAAUAUUCUGAUAGAAUUUAUAUCAAUGUUUUCAAAUAAUACACAUUUUUGUACUUUGGCCAAUUAAAACGAGGUAGGUUUAAAAAAUGGAAGAAUUCAUAAUUUGAGUCAGGUGGGGAAUCUAUGACAAUCGGCGCUUCAUUUAACAUCAAUUUGUCAAAGGAUUUUGCUAUUUUAGUAGAUUGCUAAUAGAACAAGUUGUUCUUUUUGAUUCAAUUAAUCGAUGCAUAAUAAAUUUUUAAUUUCAAACAGCUUAAAUAACUAAUUUGUAGAUUUUGA